CGAUUGGCUGAGGCGCCGGAAGUGCCGCGGGGCCGGGCUGCGCGCGGCGGUGCUCCGCAUGUGGCAGAGGCGCUGCCCGGCACCAUGUUUGUCCUGGUCGAGAUGACGGACACGGUGAGAAUUCCUCCCUGGCAGUUUGAGAGGAAACUGAACGAUUCCAUUGCGGAAGAGCUAAACAAGAAAUUGGCCAAUAAGGUUGUGUACAAUGUUGGCCUCUGCAUCUGUCUGUAUGAUAUCACAAAGCUGGAAGAUUCAUACAUUUUCCCUGGAGAUGGUGCCUCUCAUACCAAAGUGCAUUUCCGCUACGUGGUCUUCCAUCCCUUCCUGGAUGAGAUCCUCAUUGGACAGAUUAAAAGCUGCAGUCAGGAUGGUGUUCAUGUUUCUAUUGGAUUCUUUGAUGAUAUUGUCAUCCCACCAGAAUCCCUGCAGCAGCCAGCUAAAUUCGACGAAGCAGAGCAGGUGUGGGUGUGGGAAUAUGAGACAGAAGAAGGGGCCCAUGACCUUUACAUGGACAUUGGGGAGGAGAUCCGCUUCCGAGUCGUGGAUGAGACAUUUGUUGAUACCUCCCCGACGGGUCCGAGCUCUGCAGAGGCUUCCACUUCCAAUGCCACAGAGGAAGUCCAGAAGAAAGAGGCACCCUACACUCUUGUGGGAUCCAUCAGUGAGCCAGGCCUGGGCCUCCUGUCGUGGUGGACAAACAGUUAGCUGCCAUCAGAGCCUGCUCCACAGAAAGUCUUUCCGGUGGAUGUUUGGGGGAUAAUGGGAUCCUGCUGGUGCCCACUGCUCCUCUGAAGCUGAAUGAGAAAUUAGACCUGCCAUUCUGUGUUUUCCCCUUCAGCUUCCAACCUGCCAGAUAGAGACAAGUUGCUUUCAAGAAAUGUCUUCACUGAUCUGUAGAAGUGAAUUUACAGGCACAAAAAGCCUUGAGCGCAGCAGCAACAAACUCAGCCGGAGCUUUGGUCUCCUGCCCUGCAGGGAAAACCGGGGAGGUCUUUGCUUGUCUGAAUUAAGAAGGGAGUUGCCUUCAGUGAGUGAAAGCAGGAGAGAAUGCCUGUCAAGGAUCAUUGCUUCCUUGGGCUGAGAGCUUGAUCUCAGAGGGGUAGAAGUCUGCUCUUCUGGCAGGAAAUGGAGAAGAAACAGCAAAACACUGGAGUUAAUGGAGGUGUGGUACUCUUGAGACCUGGAAAAUGCUGCUGCCAGGAGAGGUGGUGGUGUUGGUAAUGUUCUGCUGAGAAUAGGAAGUUCAUCCACGGAUGAAGUCGGCCAAAAAGAACUGGAAUGAGCAGUUUUAGGUAAACUUGGUUUAGUUUAGGUAAAAUUUUAGGUAAAAUCUGUGAAGAUGACCACUGUGGAAAGCUACAGGCUGCUUGUUGUGCUGAAUGGAAAUACUUUAUUGGACGGUCUGUAUUUAUGUAGAAUGAGCUAAAACUUUGCAGGAGUUUGAAAAUACAUAAUUAUGAACUGAAAUGGACCAAGGCUGCUUUGAGCAAGCUAAAUACCUGUUUGUGGGGUAUGUUAAUACCAGAAAUGGAAUAAAUAGUAAAAACCAC